AUGGACACAUCUCUUAAGACGGAUUUGAUGACAGUAAGAGAUAAUAUUAAGAGAGACAUUUGGAAUAAGAUUGUAGAGUUCAAAGUUGAUAAAUUGGAUGAUUUGGUGAAAAGGGAUUUGGGGACGUUGAAGAAGAAGAUCAGUGAUCUUGCCAACGAUGGUGGUGCGAAACUUGCUGAGAGUCAUUUAAAAUUGCUGCAUGAGGCAAAGGAGAAGACAAGUAAUUUGGAUCCUGUUGUGGAGAAAAUUCAGGACGAGACGAAUGUUAAUCUCGAAAAGAACUUUACUUCGCAUAUCCAAAAUCCGCUUAGCACUAAAGUCCAAGCAGUUAACGAGGCGAUUGGGACGCUUGGCGGGAAUUUUAAGAAUGGCGAUAUGAAGACAUUUGCAGAGAUUUUCGGGCAUAUUAAAAACAAGGUUGCGGCAAUUAGGGGGACACCUAAGAAGGGUAGGCAUAAUGGCUCAGGCCUGGAGGGUAUUGUCAGUGGACUGCAGAAUUAUGCUAGGGUUAUUGGCCAGAAUGUGGAGACAAGUACGGUGAGCGGCUGGGUGAGAGAUAUUGUAAAUGGAAAUGUGUUGGUUGGUGGAUGGAUUGAAGAGUAUGUCACGGAAAACGGGAAUAAUUUUAAAGAUAGGACAUUGAGUAAGGAUAAUGAAAAGGCUGCAAAAGUGAAAACCGUCAUACAGAAUAAGAUUCAAGAACUUGUUAAAGGCGUUAACCCGAAACCAACGGGCAAAAGUGGUAUCGGUGAAACUUUGAAGGAGAUUCAUACGUUUCACGAAGCCGUCUCCAAAAUGAUUAAGACAGAUCUUGAUCCGAAAACUAAGGCCGACGAGAUUGCAGGGAAGGUUAAGAGUGAUGUGUAUUAUGCGGGGGAAAACACCAAUGGGGAAUUACUCCAAAGCGCAAUCCGUCACACUCUCGCACAGCUUCCUGUGCUGGUAAAAAAUUUCGACAAUGAACUCAAGACAUUCGCCGCUGAAGGAAACGCCGGAUUUUCCAAGUUGGAUGAUGCGCUUAAAGUAACCAAGGAUCUUGACAGUCAGCUUGGCGAUGCGACUAACCCCAGCCAGCCCGAUCCUUCUGGCCCUAAUAUUAGCCCCGCCCAAGUCGUGGACAAGAGGUUGGGGGAGGUGAGGAAUGAGGUGGGGAGGUCUGAAAACAAUUUUAGGGAAAUUUUCAUUAACUAA